ACGCCCACCACGCCAAUUCCCACCACCUCCAUGACCACGCCCACCCCACCAAUAACCAUGCCCAAGCCACAUAUGGCCACGCCCACCCCGCUGGCAGGCCCCACCCCGUUCCCCAGCAGGCCCCUCCCCCCGGGCGACAAAAACACCCCUCCCCCGCCCCCCCAGCGCCCGUGGCCUCGGAACGGCCCCAAAUCCCAGGAUCCUGACCCCAAAUCCCGGGAUUCCGGCCCCAAAUCCCGAGAUCGCGGCGGCUCCGAGACCUCCAAGCUGCAGGAGCUGGUGGAGAAGUUGGAAUUCCGGCCCUGCUGCCCCUCUCCCCCCACCCGCCACGGGAAGGGGAGGGGCGGCGGUGCCGUGGCCUCCGGGACUGGGAAUUCCACAGUUUUGGGUGGAAAUUCCCCAAUUUUGGACGGGAACUCCCCAGUUUUGGGUGGGAACUCCUCGGUUUUGGGCGGGAAUUCCUCGACUUCCAGUGGGAAUUCCUCAGCUUUGGGCACAAAUUCCCUCGUUUCGGGCAGAAAUUCCCCGAUUUUGUGUGGGAAUUCACUGAUUUUGGGCAGAAAUUCCCCCAUUUUGGGGGGGAAUUCCUCGAUUUUGGGCGGGAAUUCCUCGGUUUUGGGUGAGAAUUCCCAGGUUUCGGGGGGGCCCCGCCAGUGCCGGGUGUGCGGGCGGGGUCGGGUCCCCCAAAACCCACCCCCGAAAUUGGGGGGAGAGGAGGAAGAGGAGGAGGAAGAGGAAGAAGAAAUGGGGGUGUCGGACCCCCCUGAGGCACCAGGAGAGCCCGAAAACCAUGAGGGAGGAGAGGAGGUGGCCCAAAAGCAAACCCCGACCCCCGAAAUCGUGGGAGAGGAGGAGAAGAAGUAGAUUUUUAGGGGGAGACCCCAAAUUCCCCCCUUGAGGCCCCCAGACUCCCUCAGCCCCCCCCCCCCCCCCCGGGUAGAGACCAAUUAAAGCCCUUUCUGAC